AGCGCGGAUUGCAUUAAUGCGCGAGCCUUCUCUUCUCUCAUCUCCUCAGCGUCGAUCGACGCCUCUCCUUCGCCUGUUCCCUCUACUCCCUUCCUUGUGGCUUCCGCCACUCGUUGACGUUCCUGGUGGCCGCUGAUCCCUUCUUUUUCUUCCGUUCCUGUGGUGUAGCUGCUGUGAGCUCUGGGAAAAUUCAAAAAUGUCUUUGAGCGGAGAUUCGACUAUGUACGAGGCCUUUUGGAAGUCGGUGGGGGCAGAGGCAGACACCUUGAUUGCCGGCUGGACGUCGAUGAGCUACUCCUCUGACAUCACCAACCUGUGCUGGUUCCUUGAACCGCAGCUGGCGCACCAAAUCCGACGCCUCCACAAGUUCGUCGGCAACGCUGUAGCUGGCGUAGACCGUUUCAUCAUUGUCGGCACAGGCUCCAGCCAACUGAUACAAGCAUCUCUGUAUGCCCUGUCGCCACCCGAUGCAGCAGAGCCGAUGAGCGUCGUCUCGCUCGCUCCUUACUGCCCUUCGUAUCCACUGUUGACGGACUACCUCCAGUCAUCGCUGCACAAGUGGGCUGGAGAUGCAUCCAAGUUCACCGGCUACAAUUACAUUGAGCUGGUCUGCACGACUAACGGCCCCGACGACUGCGACGACCCCGACGACCCAAAAAGAGAGGCAAUCCUAAGAGAGGCACUCCUCAGCUUCAGCGACAGGAAGACCGUCCACGACUUGGCCUAUUACUGGCCUCAGUACACUCCGAUCACUCAUCGGGCAGACCACGACAUCAUGCUCUUCACUCCCUCAAAGAGCACUGGCCACGCCGGCUCUCGUAUCGGGUGGGCGCUGGUGAAGGACAGGGCGGUGGCGAAGAGGAUGAUGCAGUACGUCGAGCUGAACACGAUGGGAGUGGCGAAGGAGGCGCAGCUCCGGGCAUCGAAGAUUCUCCAGCUGGUGUGCGACGCAUACGAGGAUCCAGAACGUGACAUCAAGAUGAAACUGUUCGAGUUCGCCGCGGAAAAGUUGGGCAACCGGUGGGGCAAGCUGAAGAAGGUCGGGUCUGCCUCCAGCAUCUUCACUGUGCCCUCCUUCGACCAGAUCUCCGGCUUGUUCACUGUGCCCUGCUUCACGAUGGACGUCUGCUACUUCUUCGAAGAUACGUCUUCCCACCGCCCAGCUUUCGCGUGGCUCGAGUGCGAGAAAGAUGAAGUGGAGGACCCUGAGAGUUAUCUGAAGGAGAAGGGAAUCGUAGUGCGAGGGGGGAGCCGGUUCGGGAUCGAGGCGAGGUACGUGCUUUUCAGCAUGCUGGAUGACGAUCAGAUCUUCGACCUCUACCUCCAAAGGCUCGCUGCGUUGUCUUGAUCAUGAGCCAGUUGGUGUCCGAUUUGGGAAGAAUUGUACUACUUAUUAUGACCACGUUUACAAGCGUGCAAACGAUCUUUUGGUAGUGUUCCAUUUUGCUAUUUUAUAGUAAAGGGGAAGAAAAAGGUAAUGGGACA